AUGAGUGAUUUGAAUUAUUUAAGUUAUAAAUUUAUAAAAAAUUAUGAUGAACUAACUUCGCAGAAUCCUCAUGCUAGUGAUCCUCGAUUUUUACAAAUAAAUCAACACAAUCAUUGUGUAUAUAGAUACACUUUAUUUUGUAGAUGCGCUAGAGAAUUAGGUGAAGAUGAUCCUCGUUGCAAAUUCCAAUAUUAUCGUGCACAGAUUGCUUGUACUGCUGAACAGCUUGAAGAAUGGGAUGAUCAUAGACAAAAAGGAACAUGUGUUAUGGAUACCUUACCUGAUAGAUUAACAGCUCAUUUAAGACAAUAA